ACCGAGGCCAGGCCCAGUCCCCGCAUCCAGGGACACCCGCAGCCCGCAGUCCGCAGCCCGCUGGCCGCGCCGCGAGCCCACAGGCCGAGGGAAGGACGCGGCAAGCGCGCAGAGCAAGGCGCCGCAGAGCCCCGCGCGUGCUCUCUCACUCCACCGAGCCGCUCGGGACGCAAAUCCUCCGUUUCUCCGGCGCUUCCCGGCGACUCGGGCCAGCCCGCACGCUCCCACCCGCGCCGAGCGACAGCGCAGCGCCCGCAGGCGGCGGCCGCGCGCGGAACCCGGAUGGCCCUCCCGGCGCUCCGCGCGCCGCACAUGCGCAGUGGCCCGCUCGGCCCGAGGCGGCGCGCGCCGCAGUCCCGGCGCCGGAAGCUCCCGGCGGCUGGCGGGUCCCUACCGCGGGACCAUGUCGGCCCAGGGCGACAGCGAGUUCCUGGUGCAGCGAGCCCGGGAGCUGGUGCCUCAGGACCUGUGGGCAGCCAAGGCGUGGCUGAUCACGGCGCGCACCCUCUACCCCGCGGACUUUAACAUCCAGUACGAGAUGUACACCAUCGAGCGGAAUGCCGAGCGGACCGCCACCGCGGGGAGGCUGCUCUACGACAUGUUUGUGAAUUUCCCGGAGCAGCCAGUGGUAUGGAGAGAAAUCAGCAUUAUUACAUCAGCAUUAAGGAAUGAUUCACAGGAUAAACAAACCCAAUUUUUAAGAAGCUUAUUUGAAACUCUUCCUGGUCGGAUCCAGUGUGAAAUGUUACUAAAGGUCACAGAACAAUGCUUCGACACAUUGGAACGAUCAGAAAUGUUACUCCUGCUUCUGAGGCGCUUCCCUGAAACAGUAGUGCAACAUGGGUUUGGCCUCGGGGAGGUACUAUUAGAUGCUGAAACUGUUGAAGAACAAGAGUCUCCUGUUAACUGCUUUAGAAAAUUAUUUGUUUGUGAUGUACUUCCUCUAAUAAUUAACAACCACGAUGUUCGAUUGCCUGCCAAUUUAUUAUAUAAAUACUUGAACAAAGCAGCUGAAUUUUAUAUCAACUAUGUUACUAGGUCUACUCAAAUAGAAAAUCAGCAUCAAGGUGCUCAAGAUGCCUCUGAUUUAAUGUCACCCAGCAAGCGUAGCUCCCAGAAGUAUGUAAUAGAAGGACUGACUGAAAAAUCAUCCCAGAUUGUGGACCCUUGGGAGAGGUUGUUUAAGAUUUUGAAUGUUGUUGGAAUGAGAUGUGAAUGGCAGAUGGAUAAAGGAAGACGAAGCUAUAGUGAUAUAUUACAUAGGAUGAAGGACCUCUGCAGAUACAUGAACAACUUUGAUAAUGAAGCUCAUGCAAAAUAUAAAAACCAAGUGGUUUAUUCCACUAUGUUGGUCUUCUUUAAGAAUGCAUUCCAAUAUGUCAAUAGCAUACAGCCGUCUCUCUUCCAAGGACCUAAUGCUCCAAACCAGGUUCCACUGGUCCUGCUUGAAGAUGUAUCAAACGUGUACGGUGAUGUAGAAGCUGAUCGUAAUAAACACAUACACAAGAAGAGGAAACUAGCUGAGGGAAGAGAAAAAACCAUGCAGAGUUCAGAUGAUGAAGAUUGUUCAGCAAAAGGAAGAAACCGUCACAUUGUAGUCAAUAAAGCAGAGCUCACUAACUCCACUGAAGUGCUGGAAAGCUUUAAAUUGGCCAGGGAGAGCUGGGAGUUGCUCUAUUCCCUAGAAUUCCUUGACAAAGAAUUUACAAGAAUUUGUUUGGCAUGGAAGACCGACACUUGGCUGUGGUUAAGAAUCUUCCUCACCGAUAUGAUCAUCUAUCAGGGGCAGUAUAAAAAGGCAAUAGCCAGCCUGCACCACUUGGCAGCUCUCCAAGGGUCACUUUCUCAGCCACAGACUCCAGGACAGGGCACGUUGGAGCAUCAGAGGGCGCUCAUCCAGCUGGCAACUUGUCACUUUGCUCUAGGGGAGUACAGGAUGACGUGUGAGAAAGUCCUGGACCUGAUGUGCCACAUGGUCCUACCCAUUCAGGAUGGAGGCAGAUCCCAGGAGGAGCCCGCAAAAGUGAAGCCCAAGUUUAGGAAAGGUUCGGAUCUGAAGCUCCUGCCCUGCACCAGUAAAGCUAUCAUGCCGUACUGCCUGCACUUGAUGUUAGCCUGCUUUAAGCUUAGAGCUUUCACCGACAACCGCGAUGACAUGGCCCUGGGGCAUGUGAUUGUGUUGCUUCAACAGGAGUGGCCACGGGGAGAGAAUCUGUUCUUGAAAGCGGUCAAUAAGAUUUGCCAACAAGGAAAUUUCCAGUAUGAGAAUUUUUUCAAUUAUGUUACAAACAUUGAUAUGCUGGAGGAAUUUGCCUACUUGAGAACUCAGGAAGGUGGGAAGAUCCAUCUGGAAUUACUACCCAAUCAAGGAAUGCUGAUCAAGCCUUCUAGCCCUCCCCUGGGGUUACUGCAGCAGGAAUUCUUACCUGUGCUUCAGCCCAGCAUACAGACUGCUGACAGGCACCACACAGUCACUCGUGGCAUCACCAAAGGUGUGAAGGAGGACUUCCGCCUGGCCAUGGAGCGCCAGGUCUCCCGCUGCGGCGAGAACCUGAUGGUGGUGCUGCACAGGUUCUGCAUUAAUGAGAAGAUCUUGCUGCUUCAGACUCUGACCUGAUGAGGGGGUUUGCACCAGAGCUGGUUGCUGCGUGGUGAGAAGCGCUACACGGCAGCGAUGUCACCAUUCUCAGAAGAGCGUGCCUGAGCUCCAGCCCCGGGUUGUGUGGAAGUAGUGCACAAAGCCUGCAGAAGUUAUUUCUAUUUUUAAGAGUCAUGUUUUGUAAUUUUUGUAAAUAAAAAUCAUCCUAAAAUUUGAA